GGUUUAGAGGGCAGAUAACUCUGGAUAUUAUUCAACUUCCGGGAAGGGAUGUCACUAAGAAAAUAGUUUCAAGGAUACUGCUCGCAGAAAUGAAUGUUGUUUGCUGAAGUAAUCUGAUACAGAAAUACAAGAUCCAUAAUGAGUGAGUAUGCAAGGCGCAUAGCGUUCCUCUCAGCUCGCAUAUUUGGUGAAGUUGUUAAAGGAACAAGCUACAGAAAUGAAAAAAUUGUGAAACAAAUGGCUGCCCUGCCACACCAUAAAAAUCCAUUUUAUACACACUACUACCCACCUUAUCAGAAGAUAGAUCUUGCUAUGCUAAAUUUACGGAAGCAUGGCUUAUUCAGAGACGAGCAUCAAGAUUUUGUUGAAGAAAUGACCAGACAAAGAAUACUACGUGGCAAAGUAAAGCCAAACAAAGGAGAAGGAAAGAGAGCCAUGAAGAGGAAAGCAAGUGGUCAAUGAAGAGGGAAGCUAGUGGUCAAUGAAGAGGGAAGCUAGUGGUCAAUGAAGAGGGAAGCUAGUGGUCAAUGAAGAGGAAAGCAAGUGGUCAAUGAAGAGGGAAGCUAGUGGAUAACUUGUUUGAACUGUAUUGUGUACAUGUUUAUAGUUGGCUGAUCUGGAUGUGGGUAGCCUAUGCUUGACUGUUGUAUUUGUGAGUGUUCAGAGAGAAAUUUUUAUUUGAGAGUAGAUGGAUACCUGAUUUUAAAUGUUUAUGUAUGUGAUUGUUAAUAAAAAAUCAAAUUCAUAAAACGUUGCUUAUUU